GUACGUCAACGUCGCGUUUUGAAUGCAAUUUGCAAUAUUUCUCUCUUUUUUUUCACUAUUUUUGAUCGCGACAAAUAUGCGACGAAAACGAACAACGAGUACGGCGACGAACUACACACACCGAAAAGAAAGUCAACUUGCUUCUGUGGCUGAGGCGGGCGCCAUUUUUUUCCGUUCCCUCAAAAAAUUCACUUCGUUGGCGUUGGCGUGCUUCUUGCUGCUGCUGCUGCCUCAAAUUAAAUUCAUUGAUAAGCGCACUUUUGAAUUCGUAUGUGUAGACACAGACACCACUGAAAAAUUCCUUAGUGUUCGUGUUCGUGUUCGACUGCUGACGCCAUUUUGUGUGAGCGGCCAGUGUGUACACAAAUUGGUUGGCACACAGAGUUGCAUGAGUAAACGUCGUAAGAAUCAACACCAGCCUGUCAUUGAGCAAGUGGGCUCCUAUGAUCCGCUGCCAAAUGCGACAAAUGAACGACUGGUGGCCCUAAAUACAGAACGCAUACGGUACUGGCUAGGCAAAGGUGCUCACAUGUCCGACCCGGCGGCCGAGCUGCUGGGAAUCGCCGGUCUACUCCCCGUCCACCCCCGCACCUAUAUGAACGCCUGGCGCAAUCGUAAAGCAGCAGCAGAGGCGGCUGCAGCCGAAGCCGCCAAGCCUGCCGAGACGGCAUAGUUGUGCAUUAUUUAGUCAUACAUUAAACUUCAUAAUAAAUAGUUGUUUGUCUUCUUUUUGAAAUUUAUGUUUAACAAGCCGAGAUUUCACUACAAACACAUCUAAUGCGAAUCAUCAAAUGAGGGGUUUUUAAAACCAAGUGGCAUGCGCCCAAAA